GCAUGGGCCAGGUACAUUUCCCUCCCCCGAAAGUAAGCCAAACCAGAGAAAGGAUAACUCAUUGAGCUACCACCAACUUAUCAUCGAGAGCUAACACCUAAAAACUACCAAAGAUCAUGAAUCUAUUGUGGAAUCUCGUUGUGUUCGCACUGUGCGGAGUGUGUCUGGCAGAGGAUUUCGAAGCGGAGUUGCCGCCCGUCGAGUUCAAGCCAGUUCGAGAAUUAUCCGCCGAUAUACCGACCUGUCGGGAGAGCGAUCUCAAUAUCAACGAGUGCAUCAAGCAGGGCAUCCAGCAGAUUACCCCACGCAUGAAGUACGGCAUUCCCGAGCUGAACAUCCCACCGCUGGAUCCCUUCGAGAUGGGAAAAAGUUCCUACACCUACAAUUCGGGCCUGCUCACGGGUCGCAUUGCCAUGAAGAAUGUCAUCGUGCAUGGCCUCAGCGAGGGCAUUGUGGACAAGGUCAACUUCCGCCUGAAGAACGGACAAGUGCGAAUGGAGAUCCUCUCGCACGUACCGCAAAUGCUGGUCGAGGGUGCCUACAAAGCAGACAUUAAGCUGAACGACCUAAAGCUCACCCCAAAGGGCACCUUCAACGUCACCCUCACCGAUGUCAGCAUGAGGGCGAGGCCCACCGGGGAGCUGUACGAGCGCGACGGUCAUACUUACCUGCGUCUGACCAAACUGGAGACUGAGCCCAAAGUGGGCGACUUGCGUUUCUACGCCAACGGCCUGGUGCCUGACCCAGCUCUAAACGAUGUCAUCUUGGACUUUAUUAACCAGUACUGGCGCCAGCUCUAUCAGGCAAUGCUGCCCGAGACACUGGCCUCCUGGCAGCCCCUCCUGCUGAAGUCUUCAAACGAUUUCUUUGCUGCUUUACCAUUCGAUAUUCUGGUGACCAAGGAUUGAGAGAUUUCUUUGACUUACUUUGCUAUUAUUGUAGUAUUUAAACACUUCGGUUCUGUAUGUUCUACUCAAGGUGUUAACAUAGUUUGUAUCCCAAUAAAGAGAGUAUCAAAUACCACAA